CGAGGACGAACAUGUCGCUCCUGGUGCUAACAGCCGCUGAUGUCUCCCGAGUAAUACGAAACAUCGGCCACGACGAACUGACUGCUAUGAUGGGCAAGGUCUUCGCCGAUCUUUCCGCAAACCGCGGCAUCGUUGCACCUCACCGAACAUCGGUGCCCACUGCACGACACAAUGCCCUGUUUAUGCCAUCUCGACUCGGAGAUUGCACUGCAAUGAAAGUGGUCUCUGUGCCUACUUCGUCAAACGAUAGUCGGGGCUUACCCGCAUCUACAAUCGUCUUGGAUGAAGAUACCGGAGCCGUUCGAGCCAUACUGAACGCUGCUAGUUUGACUGCGAUAAGGACAGCAGCAGGAUCCCUCUUGGCUACAAAAUUGGUGUUUCGCGAAUCGACCAAACCAUUUCGGCUGGCUGCGUUCGGCGCUGGAAAGCAGAUCGAGGCGCAUGUUACGCUGCAUCUGCAGGCAUAUCCUUCGAUCUAUGCGGUGGAUAUCUUCAGCAGAACGGUCAACUCCCGCGUCACCGAUUUGAUAUCUCUGCUGCAGUCGCAUCAUCCUAGCGUCAGCUUCCAGGCUUUCAGCUCUUCUGACAAGGAGGCGAUGAGGCGCGUUCGAUGUUCAAACAUCAUAUGUUGCGCUACCUCGAGCACGCAACCGCUCAUCACCUGGGCCGACGUCUCCCCUUCGACCCACAUCAACCUCGUCGGUGCGUAUACACCCGCAAUGGUCGAAGCGGACGAAAGCGUGGUGAAAAGGGCGGGGAAGAUCAUAGUCGACUCCCGAGACGCUUGCGGGAUCGAGGCUGGCGACCUGUUGCAGGCAGGGCUUGUCGCUAGCGAUGUUGUGGAGAUAGGUGCUCUGGUAUCAUCCGGUGACAACAUCCAGCAUUCAGGGAUCGGAGGUUCAGAUGGCGUAACGAUUUUCAAGUCCGUGGGCGUAGGUGUACAGGACGUGGCAAUAUCGAAGUUGGUGGUUGAGCGCGCCGAAGAAAUGGGCUUAGGCACCGGGAUAGGCUCAUAUAACACAUGACCCGGCAUACUCUUCUUGGCUUCGGCGCGAGCAACAUCCACGGCCGCGAGGCUACAGGUUUGUAUCAAUGACCACCAUAGUGACCAAACACCAGCCCGUAUGAAUCACUACCGAUUGCACUAUACGAUACGACGUUGACAGAGGUAAAUGGCGGGAGGAUCAAACAAGACAUAACAUAUCGCACUCGAUGUUCCAGCGACUGACCCAACUUAAUAACGGACCACGUAGUAGUGCACUAUGCCGUGAUUCACACACAGGGAAAUCCGAAUCUUCGUCGGAAGGCAUACUCUACUCAAGCCAGUGCUCUG